GUGAGUAUACACACAAAGAAGGAAGUUAAGUGAGGAUACACACAAAGAAGUCACUUGGGAAAAGAAUACAAGAUUCUCUAUUGCUGGAAGAAUGUGGCGUGCUUGAGUAUCUUGGAUAGCUUAUAAGAUCACUAACUCUCAUACAUUAUUUCCUAAGGGUAGGAGGCACCCCUAUUGUGUGGUUAUCAUUUACACUCUAGAGGGUUCCAAAGCUUCUGGAUACAUACUAGAUCGGUUGGACAGUCUCUAAAAGGAGACUGGUUCUAAGCACUUCUGUGUUGCACUGGUUCCAGAAGGCUUCCAGGCACUCCUGGCAGAGUGCCCACGGCCAGGGCCUCCCUGAAGCUUCUCUGUCUGGGUGCUACAGUAUUUAUGCCAACUUGCGCACUUGUCCCUACCAGAAGGUUUCUUGCCCGCCCCUUUGGCCUGAAUGAUGCUCAUCUAGAGUUUUCUCUAUGUCCAUUGCCUGCACCACCAUUCUGGAGCUAUCUAGAAUCUUCUGACGCAAGGUCCCUUGGCUCAACCUCAGGCAACUCUGGCAGGAACUUAUCCUUGCGGCCUGGUGCCGAAGGUCUGGCCUCCUUGCGCUGGUUCUCAGGCCUUGGCUUUGCUGGAGCUCGCGCGGUGUGUGACACCUGCAGGUUCUAGAACCGAACGGACAUUUCCCGAAUCCAUAUGUGUCAUUUUAUCUACAGGGAAAAAAAAAAAAACAAAUGAACAAUAGAGAACCAACCUGUCCCAGUGCGGAGAAACGCCGUCGUUUCUACUCACUCUACAAUAGAGAACCAACCUGUCUCAGUGUGGAGAACGCCGUCGUUUCUACUCACUCUACAUUUACCACGACUUACGGCUUCGGGUAACUUGGAUCACCGUUUGCAGUUUUGUUUGCCGAUAACGCACAGUACUCUUGACGCCAUUUCUAAUAGUUAGUGAUGACAAUGGCAAUCUCAGCGCGCGGUGGUAGUCUUCGGUGGACGAAUGAUAGCUCUUAUCCGUCAGGUAAAGGAUGCAAAUAUGCUGGUCAAGCCGUGAGAGCAUUACCUAUCCGAAUCCUAACGGUUGGAAAAAAGAGGUCCCGCGGUGUUCAAUUGCUGUUGGAUGAAUAUAUUGCAAAGCUCAAAAGUUAUUGUCAUGUUGAUGAUGUUCAAAUUCGCUCCAAUCCUAAAAAUACGCGCAAUGCGAGGGCUCAGGUUGAUGAUGAAGACACGGCUGUCGUCAACCUUAUCAGGUCUGAUGAUUGGGUGGUGAUGUUGGAUGAGCGUGGACUAGAUAUUGGCUCUGAGCAGAUGGCCGAAUUGUUAGGAGAUGCUGGGAAUACGGGAGCUUCAAGAUUAUCAUUUUGCAUUGGUGGACCUUAUGGUCAUGGACAACAAAUACGAGAACGUGCGAACGUAUCAAUCAAGUUGUCUUCAAUGGUAUUGAAUCAUCAAAUUGCACUGCUCGUACUCAUGGAACAACUUUAUAGAACAGGUUGAAUUUGAUGCACUGAGGUGGUAUCGGGAGUAUUGGUUGGUAUGAUGAUUCUGCUAUUGCUGUCCUGCGCAGCAUAUUGGAAAGUUUCAGUUGCAUUUGAGUUUGGGUCAAUCAGUAGUGGAGAGAGACUCAUCUCUCAUUGUUGCUUGAGCUAGAUAUAGAUGGGAAAUUAUUGGAUAUUAUUGAGUUAAAACCAACUUGAAUUGUUAGGAGUGGUUUAAUUGCUUUUUGUUGACAGUUUAUGGUGGAUGGUUAUAAUGUCUAGUCAAAAUGGUUAAACUUAAUUGAAUUUUUAGGUAAGGGCCACAAGUGGUAUGACAUCUUCCUUUUUUUGUUUCAUCUCUUCACAUUGUCUUUUUCUGUUGGUGAUUGCUUAUGACACUAGUGAUAAAAAAAUUUGUUAUAGGUGGUCAUGUCAAUCGUGAGAUGUUAUGUAUUCUACUCUUUGUAUAUCUCUGUUCUUUACCCUAUGAGAGGUGAUGUAUCAUGA